AUGACGGAGAGACCACUCAAGAGACCUCGAUUGUCCUUUGCUACCGGCACAGAUGACGAGCCAGGUGAUAUAGACCUACAAGAAGCCCGCGCGCAAAACGAUCAACGUCUCAAAUCGAUCUUCGAGGGUAUUUUCGAAAAAUACGGCAAAGACUUUACGGAUGUGGGAGAUGAGAUUGAUUUACAAACCGGAAAAAUAGUGGUGGAUAAUGGACAUAUUCAGGGAAUGGAAGAUGAGGACGAUACUGGUGAAGAAGCCCCUUGGCUGUUUGACACGGAAAAUUCCGCACUAGAUGAUGCAGCUACGGCGCACAAUAUCUCUCAAUACUCGGAAACAGAGGCUGGUGGUGACCUUCUGGAAGAGGAUAACACAUAUCUUCAACACCCACAAGCAGCAACACAGCUUCAAGCGGGGCCAAACCUCAGUGGACCUUGGGAGAGCAGAGAGAGUGAGGCGUUGAGCGCCGAGUCAGAUGUCGACGAAGAUAGGUCUAGUGUGGAUUCUCUGUUGGAUACAGCACUAAGUGUCCAGAAUGGCCCGGACGAUCCCGUUCGGCGAAAAAACCUGAUGGAUACGGACGAGGUCGUUACAAAAAAAGCAAAACCUACGGCUGAGACAUCCACCCAAUCUCAAAUCCUGCAGAAACACAGCUCUAUAGAAGCGGUGGAUUCAGUGUGGCGCGUCCCUAGAAUUAGUGGCAAAUUCUCUACGCCUCCAUUGAGCAGAUCACGACCACCAGUUUCUUUCAAUGCCGUACGGUCCGCAUCUCCACCCGGAGCAGGCUCUAUCUGGGCACUGCCCGGGAAGUCCAGGCGUACUACCGACAUUACGAAAAGGAGAUCCGCAAGGAAACACGAAAGCAGCCAGCACAAGUGGAAGCCCCAAUCUAGUCCGAUUAUGUGCGACUGGUCUUUCGCAGAGACACCGGAUGGAAACGAAUCUGACGACCCCUUACAGGAAAACUAUCAGCCAUCGCCUACGCCGAAAGGGGGGCUAAAAAUUAGAGGGAAACGACUCGGACCGGAUACUCCCAGUCGUAGGAAGGAUCUAGUUGAUGAUUGCAAGGUAUCUCCUCUGCGAGAUGAUCCUGCCUCUCGGCUCCACCAAACUUCACUCAACUCCGCGGAAGAUCAGCGCGACACUACGGAAGCAGCAAAUCAACCAGAGACCACCGCUAACAACGUGGCUUUGGAUACGCAGCUUGUAACCAAGAGCGAUACUAAAAUUCAUGAUAUCUCGAUGGAAGUUACACAGGACCCAAAAAUCACACCGAUUGGGUAUCAGCCCAAACCGCAGGAUUCCACUAGCCCCAGCAAGCGUACCAGAACGACUAUUACACCAGAUGAAGCGAGACUGAUUGUGGUUUUGAAACAAGUUCAGGGGAAAAAAUGGAAGGAGAUUUUAGAUCGUUUACCGUGGAAAAAACUGGCGCAACUUGUCCAAUGGAAUCACUUACACUGGAAUGAGCGCCGGGCGAACCCACCUCCACUGUCCAAGCCUUGGUCGAGUACGGAGCGAGAGACUCUCCAUGACCUCAAGGACCAACGCGGCCUUACAUGGCAUGCAAUCCGUACAAGGUUGCCUGGUCGAUCUCUCGCGGAGAUAGAAUUUGAGCUUCUGAUACUCUGGGUUGGUGAUGAUGUUUGGAACACCGAACAACAGGAUGGGAUUGCACCAUCUUUCAGCAUGGAAUAG